UGUGAAUACAGUAUGUAAACAAUGAAUAUUAGAAGUGUCAUCAAUUUUUACGUUCAAUUUAAAGGAUGAAAGUUUCCGGUAAACGCGAUUUCGCCUUGAUAUCGCUUUUGAAAGAAUGAAUAUCAUAUUUUCCCCUUGAAUCGAAUUAUUUAUACUGGAUUAAGUGCUCUUGAUGGUCAUACGUCUCAGUUGAAUCAGUUGAAAUUUUACAUUUUCAGGUGUUGUUGUGAUUAAGAACAUAGAAAAGUUUCCAACGUAAAAUUAAGACUAUGCUGAGUUGAAACAUGUAUCAAGGCAAUGUGAACAAAUUUAAAACUUUUUUUGAAAGUCUAAACUCCAAUGACGUUCACAUUAAAAAGUCAGACAUAUCCAGUACUGAUCAAGAAAAACAAAAUGUUGAACCAAAGCAAGCUGCUGGACCUUCUAAACCUUUGUCAGCAACAAACUCAAAGCCAAGCAUACCCCACAAACCUUGCUCUCUGGUCAACUCCAAUGGUAAUUUUGAAACUUCAAAUUUUGUACUGAAGCACAAUGGAUACUCAGAAAGUGAUGAGAAUGGUACGAUUGAGACAACACAAUGGAACAAUAAUGAUGUCGAUACUAAUAGUAAUAACAUUGAUACUCAUUAUGAUGAGGUUAAUGUGGAUCAUGAUGAUGUUGACGGAGAUCAUGAUGAGGUUAAUGUGGAUCAUGAUGAUGUUCAUGGAGAUCAUGAUGAGGUUAAUGUGGAUCAUGAUGAUGUUCAUGGGGAUUAUGAUGAGGUUAAUGUGGAUCAUGAUGAUGUUCAUGGAGAUCAUGAUGAGGUUAAUGGGGAUCAUGAUGAUGUUCAUGGGGAUUAUGAUGAGGUUGAUGGGGAUUAUGAUGAGGUUGAUGGUUAUUAUGAUGAGGUUCAUGGGGAUUUGGGGGAUAGUGAUGGAGAAGAUGAUGGAUCAGUAUCAGAGUUUGAAAGUGACAUUGAAAACGAGGAAAAUUAUCCUAAUAAGAGGCAAAGCAGGAUUAUCUUCAAGGAACUGGACCACAUACCUGAUCUGGAUUUUUCAGAUUCCCGCGAGAAAAAACUUUUCAAUAUUGCCAAAGAGAUUUUAACUACUGAAAUAACGUACGUGAAGACACUUAAACUAUUGGACGAGGGUUUUCAUGCAAAACUGGAGAGAGAGGGUCUUAUACCCAAAGAGGCGCUACUCGAUGUAUUUUCCAAUAUCUCAGCCAUUAAUCAAUUUCAUAGUAAAUUUCUUUUACCAAAACUGGAAGAGCGAAUGGCAAACUGGAUAACGUCGCCUAAAUUGGGUGAUAUUUUUAUCUUUCUUGCUCCAUUUUUAAAGAUGUAUGCUGAGUACGUCAAGAACUUCGACCAAGCAAUGACCAGUUUAUCAAAAUGGAAAACGAAAUCGCCAAAGUUUUCGGGAGUAAUUCAGGAUCUCCAGAAAUCUGAAAAGGACUGCAACAAUUUGUCGUUGGAGCAUCACAUGCUAGCACCAGUCCAACGCGUCCCGCGUUAUAAACUUCUUCUGACAGAUUACGUUUCCAAGUUACCGAAUGAUUCACCUGACCUGGAGGAGUCAAAAAAGUCUCUUGAGAUUAUUUCGGCUGCAGCAAACCAUGCCAACGAAAGCAUGAAAAAAACGGAAAGAUUUACAAAAAUGCUUGAAAUUCAAGAAAAGUUUAGUGAAAGUAUUAUCACUCCAAGUCGAGAGUUCAUCAUGGAAGGUGAAUUGAUAAAAAUAUCUGCACGAAACGCUCAAGUAAUGACUAGGAUUUUAGUGUUGUUUAAUGACUCUCUUUACUACUGUACGAAAGUUCCUGCUACGGGAAAGUACAAACUACGAACUUGUAUUGAGCUUAUCGUGACAUAUAUUGAUGAACCAGACGAAGAUAUUGAAAACCGCGAUCUUGUUUUUCGAGUUCGAAGCAAGAAUAAAAUUAUUGAUUUUCAAGCGACUUCUGUUGAACAAAAAGAAAAAUGGAUUAUGGCUAUUAAAGAAUCUAUUGAACAGGCGAUUGCGAGGAACAGUACAUUUGGACGGAAGAUAUCUAUGAAUGAAACUGAUGUUGGCAAGAUUGCUCCAAUUUGGGUACGAGAUGACGCAGUUACCAUGUGUAUGAAGUGUACAGUUGCGUUCACCAAAUUACGAAGGCGACAUCAUUGUCGUGCGUGCGGCAAGAUUUUAUGCGGCAGUUGCUCGAGUUACAAAGCACGGCUUGAGUAUGAUGAUAACAAAAUCAACAGAGUUUGUGAAACAUGUUAUAAUUUAUUGACGAAACACCAGGACAAAUCCGGUGAUGGCAAUGUUAAGAGGAAAGAGAAACUUAUUGCAGAGUUGGUGUUAAGCGACUAUCUGUUGUAUCGAAAUGAUAAUGGGAAAAUUUCAAAACGUUGGUGUGUUUUAAAAGAAGACUUUACACUUUAUGUUUAUAAAGCCAAGAAGGAUGUGAAAGCACAAAUAAGAAUUCCCUUACCUGGAUAUAAAGUUAAGUGCGAAGAGGAGAAAGGAACUAAACGCGUUUUAAAGCUUACUCACCAGCAAAGUCGAACUGUAUACAUUUUUGAAGUAGAACGAAAAGACGUUUGUGAGAGAUGGCUCAAACAUUUGGAGUGUGCAAUAUUUGCGGAGCCUUACCAGGAAAGAGGUUCUGUCUCCAGUCAAGCUACUACACCUCCUUCCAGCCCGCUCGCGUGAUUAGAUUGACACAAAGCAAUUAAUGCAAUUAGUACGCUUAUUUAAAGGCAAGAAUCAGUUUAUUUUUAAGCGCAAUCACACAGAAACUUAGAGAAGAACGUAAAAACUAGCCUAAUAUGCAGCGCUUAUUGUCGCUCAGUCGAAGUCACUAGUGUACCAAAGUAGUUUCUUUUUUCUUGGAUACAUCUAUUUUGUUUCAGUGAGUAAACGUUCAUUACGACAUUUUUACCAGAGAUUGCGAUGUUUUUACCCAAAACUGUGAUACAAUCAUUUCAAAACGAGAGUUAUGUGGAAAAUAUGGGCCGAUUUUGGAAGUUAUCUGUCGUAUAAUUUGGUGAAAAAAUUAUACGACACCUAAUCCAAAUAUUGAAACCAUUAGACUUGUUAGUUUUUACAAAUAAUAAUUGAAUAUUCAUGAAUAUUUAUGUGGAAUCACAAAUAACAAUUCUAAUACUUUGUUGAAGAUCAGACGAUAUUAAAUUGAUGAUGACCAAACGGUUUUAUUUCGAUACAGAGCUGUAAUUAGGAAGACCAAACAUUUAUAUUUUGAUACAGGGUUCAAAUAUUUGAAAAACUUUAAACCUUCAUGUAUUUAAAUAAAUUGGAUUUUUUGGUAUUUAACAAAUGAUGUAUUUGAGUUGUUUA